UAGCCCGUUUUGAAGGAAUUGUUUGAGAGUCCCAAAACCUUUCAAAAACCCCGACUUUUCUGCUUCCUGUGAAGCUAAACCCCCAAAAACAAUAAUAAAAUGGUGGUAAACCCUGUAUCUCUCACCCGCAAAUCUCCACUCUUGUACCGUUUUCUGGGCCCCUCCCUCAAACCCAUCUCCCAGUUUGGCCAACAAAUUCGAGUUCCCGUAAACCCAGUUCAAAUAAGCGUUUUUAGGGGCUGUUCUACACGUUCUCUGAAUUUUGGUCAUGGAACUGGGUUUAAGUCGCUGGGUAGUUCCAAAAUGGGAUUUGGGCAACUGGGUUUUGAUUCUCUCCGAUUUUCAGCGGCUGCGGAAGGUGUCCCAGGUGGAGCUGGUGGUGGGGGUGGUUUUGGAGGUUCUAGUGAUGGCAAUUCUGGUGGUGGAAGAAGUGAAGGUGGUGGUUCUGGUGCUAGUGGUGGCGGGAGUAAUUGGUCCUUCCUUUCAUGGUAUUUGGCUCUUCUUGCAAAGCAUCCUGUGUCAACAAAAGCGGUGACAUCUGCACUUUUGACUUUGAUUGGAGACUUAAUCUGCCAGCUUUGGAUUGAUCAAGUUGCAACAUUGGACCUGAAAAGGACAUUCCUAUUUACUCUGCUGGGCCUUGUGUUAGUGGGUCCCACAUUGCAUUUCUGGUAUUUGUAUCUGAGUAAAUUGGUGACAUUGCCUGGAGCAUCAGGUGCAUUCUUGCGCCUUCUUCUUGAUCAGUUCAUUUUUUCUCCCAUAUUCAUUGGAGUUUUCUUAUCUACGCUGCUAACACUGGAGGGAAGGCCAGGACAAGUUGUAGCCAAACUUCAACAGGAGUGGUUUCCUUCUGUUCUUGCUAAUUGGCAACUGUGGAUACCUUUCCAAUUUCUGAACUUUCGGUUUGUGCCACAGCAAUUCCAGGUCCUUGCUGCUAAUGUUGUUGCUUUAGUUUGGAAUGUGAUUCUCUCAUUUAAAGCUCACAAAGAAGUCCUGCCAAAAUAGGCAGUCAAUUCAAUUUUGCCGGAAGAUAACAAUUACUCCAUCAAUCCUCAUAUAGAGAUUUGUUGAUGCAAAAGACGUGGGACCGGGAAACUGUAGAUUAUUGUACUUAUUUUCAUUAUUCUGAAUUGGUUUAUAUGAUGUGAAC